CGAUCAGUACAAUUCCGUCCGACGGCGAGCGUCCGGUUUUUUUUUCGCGUCGCUACUGAGAACUGAAAAAAAAAGUAUAAUUAAGAUUGUAGCGAGAAAAGGGAUAGGACGGAGCAGGAAUAUCUCGUGGAAUAUCGUGGAUCGGAGCGCAGGGGUGUACCUAGGGGUAUGUUUGAGCUGGUGAUCCAAGGAAGAAGAAGGAUCUGAUAGAAGGGACCCGGGUAUCCGCGGUGCUGGCUCUGCCGCCAGGAGCAGCAGCAGCAGCGGGGGUGGAGGAGGAGGUGGAGACGGCCAUCAUGCAGCGACACGGUGGCGGAGGCGGCGUGUGAGAUCUAGCAGACCAUGCCCGUGAGCACGGGAUCACUCGGAGAACCUCGCGCCAAGCGCUGCAAGCACUGCGACGAGUCCAGUCACCGGAGUGAAUCUGGUUCCGGGUAUUGGCAGCUUCAGUUGGACAGUGAUCUAGUGGAAACAAUUUCCGCGUUUUAUCCGGAGUGGUUCAAAUCGAAUAUGGCCGAGGGUGGCGGCAGCGGAGGCGGUUGCAGUAGCGGAGGAGGUGGAGCAGCAGGAGGUGGAGGAUCAACAGGGAUGUCUACAUCUAACGCCACCCCCAGAGAAUCUCCUCCCAAGGCGAUCGUCGAUACGUCGCCGCUGCUCAAAUCCAAGGAACAAAAUAAAGAAUCCCUAAAGGUGAAGCUCAUGCUCAGGAGGCCCGCGGAGGAACUCAGAGCUCAAGGAAUAAUGCCUCCUUUAAAGACGCCUGCGGCAUUCCACGGACAGCGCAGGCAAUUGGAGCGGGCUAAGACCGGGGAUUUACUGAAGAACAAGAUCCAGCAACGUCCGUCGCGGUAUGAACUGGAAAGCAGACACAUUUUGGAGGCGGAUCCGAACGUCGAUCCGAGCUUGGCGGAAAAACAGCGGAUGCUGAAGAAGGCCCGUCUUGCGGAUCAACUGAAUGAUCAGCUGUCCCAUCGACCCGGACCGCUCGAACUUAUACAAAAGAAUAUUCUGCACACCGAGGAGACCAUCGAGCAUGCGGUUAAAUCGGGGCACAUUCCGUACAGAGCUACCUGCGAGGGCCAGCUGAACAGACCGCAACAUCCAUUGAGCUACAUCAACCCCGAGGAUGACUCGCAGAGUUCGGAGGACAACAAUGUUUCUGCCAGUCCUCCGGCCUCUAAUUCCCUGGACGUGCUUGAAACGGCCGCGAAAUCUGCCGGGAUCGUGGUGUCUUUGCUGCCAACGACGGUGACGGAAGGAACGGCCACAGCGUUGGUGGUUACUAGGACGACGCCGGUGGUGAAAGACAACAGUGAAAUAUUUGCGGAUCUGUGUCGGUCAGUUGCGGCUCCAUUACUCCACUCCCAGCAAUCUAGUCCAGCCUCCUUAGUCUCCUCUACUUCCACUUUAAGUCCCUUAUCAUCCAUUGCUAGUCCAGUGCCUUCCAUAGUUUCUCAGCCACCUACUCCUGCAGCUCCUCCACUUCCAUUAACCCCUCGACCGAUUCAAUCGCCCGUUCGAUCCGACGCUCCCGGCAAAGACAAGAACAGAAAGAAAUCAAAAUCGAAAGCCAUCCCAAAAACGCGAACGAUCAAAUUCCACGAGUACAAAGGACCACCGAGCGCCCAGAAGAACACUCCCAACAACGCUCUUCCCGGCGAAAGCUCCUACGACCUACUACUUCAGCAGCAAACACUUUUGCUUCAAUUCCAGUUGCAACUACAACACAAAUACCCACAAAUAAUCCUACCCGCCUCGCAAAAAUCGCCGAAUUCCGAGAGUUCCUGUCAGCCAAUUAGUAAUAACAACAGCAACAGUUCGGCUUCACCCUCACCUGCACCCUCCAUGGAUUCGGUGACGUCCGUGAAUCCGACUAGAUUAGUGGGUAGAUUAGAGGACAUGAAAGUGAGCGAUUUAAAGGCGGAGCUGAAGCGACGCAACCUCCCCGUUUCCGGCUCUAAACCCCAUCUAAUCGAGCGCUUAAAAAGCAAUUUAAACAACAACACUAAUCAAGAUACGAGCUCUAUGGUUCCUUCAUCCGCCGAUGAGAGUUCGCAGCACACCGACAUCUGUGGAGGAUCUCCGAUAAAGACAGAGACGGAUAUAAAAUCGGAACCCAUGGAAAUUUGCAAUCCCUUGAGUCCCACCAUAAUGCAUAACGACGUUAAAACCCAGGAAGAAAUUGUGCGCGAACAGAAGCGGCAAAUCGAGGAGCUUCAAAGGGAACUGACGCUAUCGCAGCUGAAGCUGCAAGCAGCGACGAUGGUUGAGCCGAAAGCCCAGUCCUUCGCGCUGAAGAAACACAUACAGGCAAGGAUGCAGCAGCAGCCCAUGGUCAUACAGAUGCAACAUUUCCAAGCGCUGCACAACGAGGAGCAGCAAAAAUUGCAACAGCAGCAGCACGUCGCCUUUCAAAACCAGAAGAAUAACCAACUGCUCCUCAAUCACAACACGGCUGCUUUAGUUUUGAAUCAUCUGAACAGGGUCAAAGGGAAUAGGAAUUAUUUCAUUGCGAACGAGGUGCAAGAGGAAAAACCACCACCGAUUUACGAGGAAGCCAUCAAGAAGGAAGUCAAGUCUAACAUUAAAAGUCAGUCUGUGGACGAUGUGCUCGAAAUACUCAUUAAAAACGGCGAGUUACCAGCGAGCGCCGCCCAGGAGCCGAUCACUCCAAACUCGGGUAAACCCAAUGAGCCUGCUUACCCGAUAAACAGUCCUGAAUCGGGUCUCGAGUUGGACACGAGCGAUCUAUUGGAGACUUUAGAUUCCUUAGAGAAUAUGGAUUUCAGUCAGUUGAUUGAGAUGAGCGGUCAUCAGCAGCAACAACAGCAGCAGCAAAAUCAAGUGCAGCAACAGCAGCAGCAUAUAAUGAACAAUCAUGAUGUGCUCACGUCGUCCAAUACGGUUGUGCCAAUGGAUACAGACGAUUGGUUGGAAUCGCUCCUUCCCAGUGAUAUACAGUGCAACAACAAUAACAACAACAAUAAUAAUAACAAUAGUGUGAAUAGCAUGCAGCAGGAUCUCAUCUACGAUCCUCUGAUGGGCAUAGCCCAGGAACCCUUCGAUCCUUUCUGCUUGGAGGAGUUCCGUCCGCAGCCCGCUUCCGAGAUGGCUUUGUCGUGGGGAGACAAAGUGGAUUUCGCCGCGUAAAAUCGAUAAUUCGCAAACACCGUUUUGAUUUGUUUUCGUUUUUAUUUCAUUAUUCCAUAUUGAUGUGUGAUUCCGAGUACAUAGCUUACUGUUGUUGUAACUCACAAGAGCGCCCCCUCCCCAUCACCAAAUAAAGAAAUGUUUCAAUCAUUGGCCUAAUAUAAUAUACGAGAUAUAAUUGAUAGACAGGGAUGGAUAAGAGAAUGUAUUUUGCAUGAGUGAUCAGAAUAUGAUGAUGAUGAAGAAGAUGAUGGAUGUUUUUUUUUUCGGUUUUUUUAUUUUGUUCUUUGGGGAAAAAAGGAAUGUAUUUUUGAUAAUAAUUUUGUUAAUUUCUAGUCUAUAAAAUUCGGUGCUAAAUCUGUUAUCGCAUGUUAGGUCCGCUCGAUGAACCAUUUGCUUCGUUUGGUUGUUGUGAGAUGUGAGAUGAAGUAUAAA